AUGUCGGUUCUAUUGGAGACCAGCGUUGGUGAUAUUGUUGUCGACUUGCUGGUCGAACAUGCGCCGAAGCUUUGUGAAAAUUUCUUGAAGCUCUGCAAAAUCAAAUACUACAAUUUCUCUCCCAUUCACUCAGUGCAAAAGAACUUCACAUUCCAAACUGGCGACCCUCUCGGGCCUCUGUCGAAACAAUUCGAUGGGGGCUCUUCAAUAUGGGGACACAUAUCCGGAGACCCUUCGAAGCAGUCAUUUCCUGCUUUUUUUCAUCCCAAGCUGAAGCACGUUGAGCGCGGCACAGUUAGCAUGGCCACGGUGCCCCUCUCUACCGACCCCGAUACGCGCCUUGCUGCCUCCCAAUUCAUCAUUACUCUUGGCGAACAUACCGAUUUUCUAGACGGCAAGGCCGCUAUAUUUGGAAAAGUUGUAGAAGGGUUUGAUGCAUUGGAGAAAAUCAAUGAAGCUAUUGUUGAUGACAAAGGCUAUCCUCUGGUCGACAUCCGCAUCAAACACACAGUCGUGCUGGACGACCCAUAUCCCGACCCUUCCGGUUUACGGGAGCCUAGCUCAAGCCCGCCGCCAACGGAGUCUCAGCUUAAGACAGUACGAAUUGCUGAUGAGGCAGCUUUGCACCAAGAUGACGGGGUAGACGAGGCUGAGUUGGAACGGCGACGCCGUCAGACCGAGGCCAACGCACAGGCCUUGACGUUGGAAAUGAUGGGAGACUUACCGUUUGCCGAGGUGAAGCCGCCGGAAAACGUUCUUUUCGUCUGCAAAUUACAUCCAGUCACAGGUGACCAGGAUCUGGAGCUAAUCUUUGGUCGGUUUGGAAAAAUUUUGAGCUGCGAAGUGAUUCGAGACGCAAAAACAGGAGACAGUCUACAAUACGCAUUUAUCGAGUUUGAAGACAAAGCAUCUUGUGAAGCCGCCUACUUUAAAAUGCAAGGCGUACUGAUAGAUGAUCGAAGAAUCCAUGUUGACUUCUCCCAGAGUGUAAGUAAACUAAGCGAUGUUUGGAGAAAGGACACAAAUAGCAAGCGACGGGCAAAUGCUUCGCGUGGUGGCUGGGGCGGUGUUGAUGAACUUGAAAAGAGAAGGCAAUACCGAGCUGAGGCAGAAGCUCCGCAGAAGAACAAGUACGGCAUGAUCUAUGGUGACGAAGAGAUGAAGGGUCGCCAUACACGGAGCGGACGAAGGGAUAUGCAUGGAGAAAAUCCCUCAUCAAGGGGAGAGGAUCGGCGAGAUGACGACGCUCGAAGCCGCAGCCCGCUUACACGAGAACGAAGCCGUGAUAGACAACCGAUUUGGAGGGACUCUCAUCGUCACGGGGACGGGAGAGAAUGGGACCGUAGAGAUCGGAAUCGUAGGUACAGCGACAAGGACAGAUACAGACACGGGGACAGGGAUAGGGAUCGAGAUGGACAACGGGAUAAGGGUACAGAACAGCGCGACGACUCGUAUCGUCCAAGACGAUGA